CAGAACACGUGAAAAGUAUAUUUUCCAAUUUUUAUAAGGAUUUUGAUUAAUCAAGAUGAAGUUGUCGUGUAGAUUCUAUAAGAAUCGCUUUCCAGAAGUGGAAGAUGUUGUAAUGGUAACUGUAAGAUCUAUUGCUGAGAUGGGUGCCUAUGUACAUUUAUUAGAAUAUAAUAAUAUUGAGGGUAUGAUAUUGCUUAGUGAACUUUCCAGAAGACGUAUCAGAUCCAUCAAUAAGCUUAUUCGUGUGGGUCGAAGCGAGUGUGUAGUGGUAAUAAGAGUUGAUAAAGACAAAGGUUACAUUGAUUUAUCUAAAAGAAGAGUGUCACAAGAAGAAGUUAUCAAGUGUGAAGAAAAAUAUGCCAAAGCAAAAGCAGUCAGCAGUAUAUUGAGACAUGUAGCUGAAAUUUUACAUUAUGAAACGAAUGAAGAAUUAGAAGAGUUACAUAUGAAAACAGCAUGGCACUUUGAUGAUGUAUAUAAAAAACCAGGAAUGGCAUUUGAAAUAUUUAAACAUGCAGUCUUAAAUCCAGAAACAUUAGAUGAAUGUGACAUUGAUGAUAAAACUAAAGCUGUAUUAUUAGAGAAUAUCAAACGUCGUCUGACACCACAAUCAGUUAAAAUCAGAGCAGAUAUAGAGGUGGCUUGUACAAAUUAUGAAGGCGUAGAUGCUGUUAAACGAGCAUUAAAGAAAGGUUUAGAAUUCACCACAGAAUUACUGCCUAUCAAAAUUAAUUUGAUAGCUCCUCCACAAUAUGUGGUAACAACACAAACAUUAGAACGAAGUGAAGGGUUAGAGAUAUUAAAUAAAGCUAUAGAGGCAAUCAAAGAAAGUAUAGAAUCUGAUAAGGGUGUCUUCAGUGUACAACAAGCACCACGUGUUGUAUCUGAUUUGGAAGAAUUUGAGUUAGCUCAACAGUUAGAGAAGUUAGAAUUACAAAAUGCUGAAGUUGCCGGUGAUGAUGAUGAAGAAGAUGACGAUGAUGAUGAUGAUGAGGAUGAAGAUGAUGAGGAAGAAGGUGAUGAUAAAUGAAGAAAAUCAACCCAAGUUGUUUUGUUUUGUUAAUAUAUUAUGUAUAAAGUCAUCUCUAGUAUAAUUCUGAAAGCCGUUAUAUUGUAGCGGUCAGGGAUUUUGAUUGGGUUAUAUUAGCUAAUCAUGUCUGACAGACUAGAGAGUGAUCAAACUGAUAAAACCAAAUUAAACUUUCGACAUAUUUUUGUUAAUCUUAAGUCUAUUUUUUUCCUCUGUAGGGUAUUGUGUUGUAUUUUUAUGUUGCAAUUGUAUAUCAGUGAUAUUGAAGUGAAUCAUAGUUGCAUAUACACGAAGUGCUUUCGGGGUUGUAAAAUAGCCAUGCCAAAUUGUUCAGAAAGGCAGUACCCAAAAUGUUGGUCAGUAUAGACUAUUAGAAACAAGAUCCUUUCAAUCGAUUGAAGUUCAUCCAGAAUCAAUAUUUAUCAUUUGAUAUAUCAUUCAAAAUGCUGUAAAAGUGCUUUGCCAAUAAAAUCUUUCUAUAAAUUUC